AUGACUUCAAGGGUUUAUAUUGGUCGUUUACCUUUUCGAGCAUCCGAAAAGGAUAUUGAAAUAUUCUUCCAUGGCUAUGGUAGAAUCAGAGACAUUGUUUUGAAAAACGGUUUUGGCUUUGUGGAAUUUGAUGACCCAAGAGAUGCUGAUGACGCUGUUUAUGAUUUAAAUGGAAAGUCACUUGCUGAGGGCGAAGUGGCGGCGAUCGUGGCGGUGACCGUGGUGGCGACCGUGGGGAUCGUGGUGAUCGAGGUGAUCGCGGUGAUCGUGGCGAUCGUGGUGGAGGGUAUGACAGUCGUUACCCACCCAGACGAAAUGAAAGAUCUAAACGGUAUGGACCACCAACACAAACCCGACACAGAUUGGUUGUGGAAAAUCUAUCUACCAGGAUUUCUUGGCAGCUCGUUGACGUCUCUUGAAAGUCUUGAGGGAAUCACUGAGCCUGUGCGGUCGUGUGGCCUGGAUCUGAAAGAUUUGAUGAGACGUGCUGGAUGCGAAGUUACUUAUGCCGAUGCACACAAAACUCAGUCUAACGAGGGGGUUGUCUGCUUUGCUUCAAGGGAUGAUCUAGAAAGAGCCAUCAGCAAGAUGCAAGGAGAAGAAAUCAACGGAAGAAAAAUUAAGCUAGUUGAUGAUUCUGAGAAGAGAAGCCGUAGUCGCUCACGCUCUCGAUCUCGCGGUCAUUCACGCAGCCAUAGUCGUUCUCGAUCGCGAUCUCGCAGUCGAUCUAGAAGCCGAUCAAGAAGUAGAAGUCGAAGCAGAAGUCGCUCAGGAAGUAAGAGCCGAACACGCUCUCCUUCUGGCUCGAAGUCAAGAAGCGCUUCUCGGGGCAGAUCAGCUAGCAAAGACAAAUCGCGUUCCCCUAGCCGUGAAGCAGAUGGAGGAAAGUCAAGAAGUGCAUCGCCUAGAUGA